GCGCCUGUGUACCCUGCAUAAAACCUCAACGUUGAAGACUAGGUAGGGAUUCGCUUCGCUCCCCCCAAUUAUCAAACAAAAGGAAACAACUGACUAUUAUGGUGAAGGUGAAUCAACUUAAUUUUAAGGUGACUUUAUUAUUUGUUUUGCUUAGCACUGUCAUAGUGCUAUGGUAUUUAUCUAACUUACAUUUUACGGCCAUGAAUGAGCAAGCCAAUGUUCAUAUUGAACACUCGAACUCUAGUGAAACAAGACUCCCUGCUAUUGAUGAUGCUAUUGAUAUUGAAGUUACACCGACUCGCUUUCUCUAUCUAACACAGACAGAACACUGUAUUCCAGCUUAUCUAAGGUCUCCCAAAGUGAUUGGUGACUCUGAAGCAUGUCAGUGUGAUGUUAUUAUCCUCAGUUACAAAAAGAAGUGCGAUGACACGUCAUUGCCUCAUUUCCAAUACUUAUUCAACUCUAGUAAGUCUACAACCUGGACUGUAGGAAGAAACUUGCUUUACGAAGCAGCCAAGGAAAGGAAAGACAAGUACAUCCACUACAUUUUCAUGGACGAUGAUGUUAAACUAAUAUCAUUAAAAUGGUUCGACACACAGAAUCCAUGGAGGAUGUAUGAGAAGUCUCUCAAGACCUUCCAACCAGCUGUAGUUGUCGUCCAAUUAAUCAGUAAGAAGUUCUCAAGUGAAAUUUUUCCUGAGCGAGUGAAUUGUGAACCCACACGAUACAUACAAGUAUACUUCAUGGAUGCUAUCUUUAAUGCCUUUCACUAUCAAGCAAUACACCACAUACUUCCAUACACAACAAAGUAUGAUUCACUGAGCUGGUGGUACUCACAAAUGUAUACUAUCAUCAAAUGUAAUAUCUUAUUUAAUAAAGAGGUGGUUAUCGACCCUCGGUUUAAAGUACAAAACCCACAGCACCACAACUACCCACAAAGCUAUUUUACUCAGGAUGUCCUCAGUAAUAUUGUCUCUGAAAUUCGAUCAGAAGUACCAGAAAAGUAUAGAAAUUCAGUUGAACCUAUUUUACAGCAAUGGACAGAUGAUGAUAGCUCAAAGGGGUUACUGGGCCAACAAACAUGCAAACGUGAUUUGUCUGCACAUCCAUAUAGGCCUUACGAGAAUCUGGCUAGUAAUUAACUUGUUAAAUGUAUAUUGUUAUGUUAUUGUUAUUUGUUUAUUUGCCUGCUUGGAUAGAUCUAUCCAGUGCUUAGCCUCGAUUCUAGCCUCUACACAGGCUCUCCUUUUUGUUCUUUAUCACAAUCGUUCAAUAAGAUAAAAUACUGUAUUAAUCGUUCAA